CUAGCCAGUUCCCUCCAGCAGCAGAGAGCUUCAUUUUCUGAUCUGCUUUUGUGCUAAAAUGGAGGCUGGCCUCUCGCCCUGAGUGGAUCGCCUUCCUGGUUGAGGUUUAGAUGUUGACAUGCAAUAAAUCUGGAGACAGGAUGGUUGUGGAUGCACCCAAUUCCAACGGGCCUUUCCAGCCGGUGGCUCUUAUGCACUUCAGAGACGUGGCCCCCGCGGAGCAGGAGAAGCUCUUCAUCCAGAAGCUACGACAGUGCUGCGUUCUUUUCGACUUCCUGUCCGACCCGCUGAGUGACCUGAAAUGGAAGGAAGUGAAGCGGGCGGCUCUGAGCGAGAUGGUGGAGUACAUCACCCACAACAGGAAUGUCAUCACAGAGCCCAUCUACCCGGAGGUGGUGCACAUGUUUGCCGUGAACAUGUUCAGAACAUUGCCUCCUUCGUCCAACCCGACUGGAGCGGAGUUUGAUCCUGAAGAGGAUGAGCCAACACUUGAAGCUGCAUGGCCACACCUCCAGCUCGUCUAUGAAUUUUUCCUUAGAUUUUUAGAAUCGCCUGACUUUCAGCCUAACAUAGCGAAGAAAUACAUCGACCAGAAAUUUGUUAUGCAGCUCCUAGAACUUUUUGACAGCGAGGAUCCCAGAGAGAGAGACUUCCUCAAAACUACCCUCCACAGGAUCUAUGGAAAGUUCCUGGGGCUGAGAGCGUACAUCAGAAAACAGAUCAAUAACAUUUUCUAUAGGUUUAUCUAUGAGACAGAGCACCAUAAUGGUAUAGCUGAACUACUGGAAAUACUUGGAAGCAUAAUCAAUGGAUUUGCCUUACCACUAAAAGAAGAGCACAAGAUUUUCCUGUUGAAGGUUUUAUUGCCUCUGCACAAAGUCAAAUCACUCAGUGUCUACCAUCCACAGCUGGCCUACUGCGUGGUGCAGUUUUUGGAAAAGGACAGCACUCUAACUGAGCCGGUGGUAAUGGCUCUACUUAAGUACUGGCCAAAGACUCACAGUCCCAAGGAGGUGAUGUUCCUCAACGAGCUGGAGGAGAUCCUGGAUGUCAUCGAGCCUUCUGAGUUCGUUAAAGUGCAGGAGCCUCUCUUCAGACAGCUGGCCAAGUGUGUGUCCAGCCCACACUUCCAGGUGGCAGAAAGAGCUCUGUACUACUGGAACAACGAGUACAUCAUGAGUCUGAUCAGCGACAAUGCAGCAAAGAUUCUGCCGAUCAUGUUCCCCGCUCUGUACCGCAACUCGAAGACCCACUGGAACAAGACCAUCCACGGCCUCAUCUACAACGCUCUGAAGCUGUUCAUGGAGAUGAAUCAGAAGCUCUUUGAUGAUUGCACACAGCAGUUCAGGGCUGAGAAAAACAAAGAGAAGGCAAAGUCAAAAGAACGCGAGGAGGCUUGGAUCAAGAUCGAAAACCUCGCCAAAUCAAAUCCACAGUUCUCUAUGUAUGUUGAUUCCUCUGACCUCAAUAGUCCUGUAGCAAUGGAGACGGAUGUCCCUAUGAUAGAAGAUGUUCAGAGGUUAAAAAAGACAGUUGAGGAGGGCGCAACUCAGUUGCAGCAUGACCAGCGCAAAGAGCGGCCCAUGGUGCGACGCAAGUCUGAGUUGCCUCAGGAUAUCUACACCACAAAAGCCUUGGAGUCCCACCGCAGAGCUGAAGACAUGUUGACCACCCACGACGGACUCUAGGUCCCACCAUCAGCCGGCUCUUGGUUCAACUGCCCCUUCUACCCUCGACAGCCAUGGACAUCUUCUCCGCCCGGGUGCCAGAGUUACACUGGUGACCCGUGAUGGGCUUCAUCGGUUUUCCCCAGAAUCCUUAGUUCUCCUUCAUUCCUGCUGCCCAAGUGCAGAACACCUGUAUCCACCUCCCCCAGAUUUCUGCUUUCUCAGGUUUUUUUCUUUAUUUGAAGAGGAGUGGGAGUGUGUUUGUGUGUCUUUUAGCCCUUCGCGACAUCCAGCGUGUUUUCCGAUCACUUUCCUCAUCCUUCCUUUUCUCCCUUCCAUCCUCCCCGCCCCCGUGCACUCACUGUAAAUGUGGAACCUGGGAGUACAGACAGCACAACAUAGGUCCUUCAUUCUUUCUGACAAGCGUGUUCACAGUGGACUGGACAUGGAAAAAUAGGAACUGCCUGACUCACUGUCUAAGGAUCAUCUCUUGGUCUCUUCUUGGUUUUCUUUUCUUUCAGAGGGAACAAAAACAGACCCUAUUGUCCAAAUGAAAGACAAGACUUUCCUGUCAUCUGUUGUAUGUUUUCAUCAUUAUUUUGUGCUCUAACAGACAUCUUGUCAGUGCCAAGACUUGUGUUCUUUAUGUUUGUUUCAUGGUUUUCAUCUGUGACUUUUACAGGGAAACUUGCCUUUGUUUCGGGUCACUGGUGUUUGAAAGAUGAUUUUGUUUGUUGUUUUGUUUAGCACACUUAAGACCAAACUGAGGCCUGUCCUUAGCCUUGCAAUGUCCAGGAAAGAUGGCGAGGAAAGAGAAAGUUGUCCUGUGGACAUCUUGACACUUUCCAUUUUAUUGUUUUGUGCCAUAUGCCACUCUUUUAUAUGCUUGCUUCCUUAUGUUCAUUGGCAAUAUUUGAAAACCAGACCAUAGCGAUGCCUAGACAGUUCAAACAAUGGUACUUACUGUGUCUGAGUUUAGCAACUAAAGAUGAACCUGAGUGAAAACUGUGUGCGUGUGCGUGUUUGCUGCCUGUGUUGUAGCAUCGUCCGGGGCUUUGCACCCCUGGCUGUCUACCGAAUAGAAAGGUAUGGGAUGGUUCAGGGUGAGUGGUGGGGUCUAUAUAUAAUUUACUAUAAAAUAAACAGGGAUGAUUAACUUUUUAAUAGAAAUAUAAUUAGAGUUUUAUACUGUGCUGAAUGGAAGAGGUGGCUAAAACAUCUCAAAACUCCUCUUACUGUUGGUUUUUAGCAGGUUUGGACCUUUGCUCAUUAUGUUUCUUCUCAGUGAGCAUGAAAAUUUAUUGUAUGCUAUAAAAAUUAAAUGGUUAAAAAUUAAUUUAUAAAAUAUAGAAGCUAGUAACCUCAGUAGCUGUUCACAAACUUGACAUCAAAUGAUUAAAACACAAAAUGACUCGAUGAGAGCUACCAAAAAACCACAAAGGUGUAGCAUGUUUGUGUUGCUACCAUUCCUAAUGUAGGGGUUUUAUAUAUUGUGUCCUUCUCGGUGAGGAAGUAGUUUAAGGUUGGAAAAUAUUUUCCAGUCAGUACCAUUGUUUAAACUAAGAAGGUCUGCUAGAUUUCUUCAUAUUUGAUGUGUUGUAUUUCUUUGUAUUGUCUCUGGAGGUUAGUAGUGUGGAUGUCAGGUUUCAGAUGAUUUUUUUUCUUUAUUUUUUGGCCGUUCAGAAUGCCCAGUGCUGAAACAGACUGGUAUGAAAUGGCCACAAAAAUGCCAGAUGCUGAAAAUAAACUGACAUUGUGACUUGGCUUGUUAACUGUAUUAAUACUGUAUUUGCUUGAAUGCAAAAAGAUGUAAAUUAAAACUACCAUGUUAAACAUGUACCUUUUACCCUGGAGGAAUGCCAUUCACCGAGCUGAUCGAUUUCUGUUGUCGAGGUCUUUGCGUUUAUGAAACAGUCCUGCUUGCUGGGAGAGAUGUUUUAUGAAUUUUACGAGAUGUUGGAGGUUUCUUUUAGUGCUGAAAAACAAGUCAUCCGUGAUAACAAGAGAUGAUUUUAAAAAUGAUUUGGUGGCUUGUUCUCUUUCUGCAGGAUCUUUGCAGAUCUUUUAAUUUUAACAUAUUUCCAAAACAUGAUAACUUAAAGUGUCCUUUUGUAUGUGACCUGUACUAUAUGAUUCAUUUAAUAUUGUAUAUAUGAUUUACUUUGUUUCAUGUAGUGUUAUAUAUCUAGAUUAAUUUUGUACAAAUUGUCCCUCUGUACAGAAUAAAACAUCAAUAGCAAGUGAAAGAAGUCAAUCUGGCACAUACCGUCUUAUUUCUCCUGUUUCGGCUGUACUGUCAGCAUCUUGAGAAUUUAGAAAAUGCUCUUAUUUUUAUUAUAAAAAAAAAUCUGCAAAGUUUCCUCCCACCUCUAAAAAAAUUGACAAAUGUUCAUGCCCGUUGUGUGCUCCUAUCACUGUCUUUAGUGGUGUAAAACUAUAGAAUGAAUAAAGAGAUUAUUUGAAUAUA